AAAUAAACGCAGAUUCUGAAUUAAGCAAAGGCUCAUUUAUGCUGAAGGCAACUCUCCCCUGAUGACCCUUUGGAGUUGUGUGAGGGGAGACUGGGUUGCAGUUGGUCCCUUCAGGGAUCUAGUGGAACAUGUUGAUGUUACUCAAGCAAUACACAUUAUCAUUGCAGCAGGGCUGCUUUUCCUAUUUUUUUAUUAAAUGAAUGUGUCUCUCAGUGUCUAUGAAGAAACUUUCUAUCUUCCCUGAAUAUGGUUCUUGUGAUAGAUUGCGCAGGCGCAAUCUGCUACCCGGAAGUGACGCCGCUUACGUCACUGCGUCUCCCAGGGCAGCAGGAGCGGCGGCCAGGACCUAUCAUGGCGGCGGAUAGUGUUGCAUCUCCCGGCCGCUAAGUGUGCGGGCACCCGCUCCGUCCUGUCCCCUCCGGUGGGGCGGUGUUACGGUAGGCUCUGCAUGCGAGGCCGGAGCGGGGGGUGUGGGAAGAGUGAGGAAGUACCGCCAUUGCCUCCAGUCAUUCCGGAACGUCUUAAAGGAGCCGCUUCCCUAUUGUGGGUCCCCCAGCUUUGGGUGAUGACCAAGGAGGGGAAAGCAGGGCUGCUCUGAAGGGACAGUGACACUAAACUCUUUCUUUUACUUGAAUUUGCCUGGGGGUAUGAACAGCAAUUGCUAGUACUGUCCUACACCUCUGGGGUAAAUCGGUGCAAGAGCUGACACUCUAUGCAAGUCUCAUUAGUCCUCCCUUAUAGAUUAUUAGAUUUCUUAUCAUUAUUCCCUCUGAAACUUGACUGCAGAGCCCUGAACCGUGUUGUCCUGACUGUGACACUUCUCCCAUGACUUCUUCCAAUUAGAAACCUGUGUGCUGCACUAUCACAUCAGACUACCAAAGAGCCUUCACUUCAACAAGAGCUUCCACUCCUUUUAUUAAAAUCCCUUAUCAACUAAUUGCAACCGCUGCCUUUCGACAAUCUCCUUAAAGAACCAGACUGGUCUCUCUCUCUCUCUCUCUAUAUAUAUAUAUCUAUAUUUUUAUUUGCCAAGUGUCCUGUUCAUCCUAUGGGGCAGCAGCCUGGAAAAGUCCUUGGGGACCAGAGGAGGCCAAGCCUGCCUGUCUUACCCUUCAUUAAAGGAGGGGGAAAGAAGGAUUCCGCUAAGCAUGCUGGGCCGCACUGUAACGUCUUUGUGGAGCACGAAGCCUUGCAGAGACCCACAGUUUCCGACAUCGAACCUCAAGGUCUGAGUGAAGCUGCACGUUGGAAUUCCAAGGAGAAUCUUCUGUCUGGGCCAAGUGAAAAUGACCCGAACCUCUUUGUUGCACUGUAUGACUUUGUGGCCAGUGGAGACAACACUCUCAGUAUCACCAAAGGUGAGAAGCUGCGAGUGUUGGGCUACAAUCACAAUAGAGAGUGGUGUGAGGCCCAAACCAAAAAUGGCCAAGGUUGGGUCCCCAGCAACUACAUCACACCAGUGAACAGCCCUGAAAAACAUUCCUGGUACCAUGGACCGGUGUCUCGCAACGCUGCUGAAUACUUGCUCAGUAGUGGAAUUAAUGGCAGCUUUUUGGUGCGGGAAAGUGAGAGCAGCCCAGGCCAAAGAUCCAUAUCCUUACGAUAUGAGGGCAGAGUGUACCACUAUAGGAUCAAUACUGCGUCUGAUUGCAAGCUCUAUGUGUCAUCCGACAGCCGAUUUAACACCCUUGCAGAGCUGGUCCACCACCACUCAACCGUGUCAGACGGACUCAUCACCACACUCCACUACCCUGCCCCGAAACGCAAUAAACCCACUAUUUACGGGGUGUCCCCCAACUACGACAAAUGGGAGAUCGAGAGGACUGACAUCACCAUGAAGCACAAGCUAGGUGGCGGCCAGUAUGGAGAGGUGUAUGAAGGAGUGUGGAAGAAGUACAACUUAACUGUGGCUGUUAAGACUUUGAAGGAAGACACAAUGGAGGUGGAAGAGUUUUUAAAAGAGGCGUCUGUCAUGAAAGAAGUCAAACACCCAAACCUGGUGCAAUUACUUGGUGUGUGCACACGGGAGCCCCCAUUUUACAUCAUCACAGAGUUCAUGACGUACGGGAACUUGCUGGAUUACCUGCGAGAUUGCAACAGGCAGGAAGUGACUGCGGUGGUGCUGCUGCACAUGGCGACUCAGAUCUCCUCCGCCAUGGAAUAUUUAGAGAAGAAAAACUUUAUCCACAGGGAUCUUGCAGCCAGGAACUGCCUCGUAGGGGAAAACCACUUGGUGAAAGUAGCCGAUUUUGGACUAAGCCGGCUGAUGACUGGAGACACAUACACUGCCCACGCUGGUGCCAAGUUCCCUAUCAAGUGGACCGCUCCGGAGAGCCUGGCUUAUAAUAAGUUCUCAAUUAAGUCUGACGUGUGGGCUUUUGGUGUCCUGCUCUGGGAAAUUGCUACCUACGGCAUGUCCCCAUAUCCUGGCAUUGAUCUUUCCCAAGUAUACGAGCUGCUGGAGAAGGAUUACCGCAUGGAACGUCCUGAAGGCUGCCCGGAGAAAGUCUACGAACUCAUGAGAGCAUGCUGGCAGUGGAAUCCAUUGGACAGGCCAUCCUUUGCUGAAAUUCAUCAAGCUUUUGAAACCAUGUUCCAAGAGUCGAGCAUAUCUGACGAGGUGGAGAAGGAACUGGGAAAGAAGGGCUUAAAAGUGACAGUGAGCAACCUCCUCCAAGCCCCAGAGCUGCCAACAAAAACAAGGACAACCAGGAGAGUGCCUGAGAGCAAGGACGAGAACGCUGAUACUGCCAGCGUUAGAGCUGCCGGCGAGCUUGAUGCAUUUGAGCCUGAAUCAGCCGUUUCACCCCUUCUGCCUCGGAAGGAGAGAGGAGCAGGCGAUGGGCGUCUUCCUGAUGAUGACCGUCUGCUACCUAAGGACAAGAAAACCAACCUCUUUUUUAGCACCCUGAUCAAAAGGAAAAAGAAGACUGCGCCUACUCCUCCCCAGCGCAGCAGCUCUUUCCGAGAUAUGGAAGGGCAUUCUGAAAGAAGAUGUAAAGAAGGGGAGGGCAAGGAGGCCAGCAAUGGGGGAGAGCUGCUAGAUGCAUUUAAAUUUUCAACCAAUGGCACAGCUCUCAGUAAUGGUUCCAUCCAAGGAAGCACUGGAUUUCUGUCAUCGCAGUGGAAGAAAUCAAGUACAAUGACCGGACGUCAAGCUUGUCCCAGUGAGGAGGCAAUAUGCAGCACAAGCAAGCGCUUUUUAAGAUCGUGCUCUGCUUCCUGCAUGCCUCAUGGUGCUAAGGACACAGAAUGGAAAUCGGUAACCCUGCCCAGGGAAAUUACAUCAUCACGGUGCUUGCUGGACACGCCUGUUUCCAACAGUCUCAAGAAAACAGAGAAACCAGCACUGCCUCGUAAGAGAGGGAACGAGAGCAAACCUGAAGGUACACAAGGGACAGUCACUCCUCCUCCUCGCCUGCCCAAAAAGUGUGAAGAUCCCACAGAUGAGGUGUUUAAGGAUUCUGACCCCAGCCCAAACUCCAGUCCAUCUAGCCUGACACCCAAAUUGCUGCGCAGGAAACAAGCCGGGCCUGCUAGUGCACCCUUACAGAAAGAGGAGGCAAGUAACAUCAGGCUUGGCUCUGUCACCUCUGACACUGGACCCUCUACCAAACAGACCUCAUUUGCUGGGAAAUCCGAAGCAGAACUUCGACUCAGGAGACCCAAAACAUCUGAACCUGCCUCCAAGGACAAAGUGAAAGUAUUAAAAGUGAAACCGUCUCCGCCUCUGCCACUUUCCUCCAUUGGUUCCUCAUCAUCUGCCUCGGCCAACCUGGGGAAAGUUUCAAAACCACCCUCUCAAAGUCCCAGCCACGAUAUCAGUCCCAGCGAGCCAAAGCACAAGCCAACAAGUCAGACGGAUGAGCUUUCCAAAACGCACCCUGCUGUGCCAGACAGUUCCAAGAAGCCUGUCCUCCUAUCCAGCUCCAAGCCCCAGGUCACAGGGAAGCUUUCUGGAGGCAUGGCUGCUGGUGGUGACCAGUCACAACAACCGGCUCCAUCUUCAUCUUCCUCCACUGCAUUUGUUCCCCUUAUCUCCACCCGAGUCUCCUUACGCAAGACUCGCCAGCCGCCCGAAAAACACAGCAGCCCUGUCACCAAGGAGACUGUAUUGGCAAGUACAGAAUGCCUAAAGGCUGCCAUCACUCGUAAUUCAGAGCAAAUGGCUAGUCAUAGUUCAGUGCUGGAGGCUGCCAAGAACCUGCAUGCGUUCUGCACCAGCUAUGUAGACUCAAUUCAACAAAUGAGGAAUAAGUUUGCUUUCCGGGAAGCCAUCAGCAAACUUGAGAACAGCCUGCGGGACCUACAAAUUUGCCCCACCCCUGCUGCAGCAGGGGGUGGAGCUGCCACAUCUCAGGACUUCAGCAAGCUGCUCACCUCUGUGAAAGAGAUCAGCGAUGUGGUGCAGAGGUAGCAUGACGUGGCCUCCAGGUGGUGAAUAUGUAUGGUGGGCAUCAGGGCAUGUUGGGAAGGGCUCAGGCCGUGCUGAGAUCAGGGUGUUGACAAGGCCGACCAUGGGUGCUUUAUAACUGUUCGAGGCUUUAUGAAUGUGCCAGGCACUGGGGUUUGACAACAUGCAUUCAAGCUCGCCAUGUGCUCUGGGGUUAAAUCUAAGUGGCCAGACUUGCACAUCAACCUCACUUUUUUCCCUCUCAUUUUUGUGAGACUGAUGUUCUUCUCUCUGACACAGACUUUUAUGGUCUACAGGUUUUUUGUUUGUUUUUUCCAAACCCUUAAAUGGCAAAAAUGCUGUACAGUGAAGUGCGAUGAGGGUUUUCUCAUGCGAAGGUAAUGCUAAUAAAGCAGCACGGAGGGUUUCUAAAGCAGUAUUUUAAGCACAAAAACCUUACCUCUGUCCACCACUGUUGCUUCCCACUGCCUCACAUCAGUCAUCUCACACAUGCCACCCCCUGCAGUUAUUAAGUUCCAACGCCCCAUAAAAGCCCAGUGCUGCAGUUUUACCUAGAGAGCGGUGCAGCGAAAUAGGCUGAUGGCAUACAUUCAACCUAAAGAUGGUCUAGCGACCUCAAUAGCACAGCCGAACAUUCCAGCAGAUUCCAUACGGAUCAGCAUUCCACUACAUGUACCGACUCAUCCCCGCUGCUGGGUAAGUGAAAGCACAGGUUUUUCAGCAGCAAUAAAAAACAUUACACUAAAAAAUGUCAAAUACCUGAGGACUUGAUCUUUAUGUUUAACGAUUUUAAGUGCAAUUACCGUUUUUUUUUUUUUCUUUUUAACCAAAUAAGAAGCCAGAAUGGAAUCCCGGGGAUAUGGAUGCCUAUGUCUAUUGCCCUCAACUUGAAUAUAGGAGAAGAUAAAGAUAUAUUCAGUAUGGAGCUGCUUUCGUUGCCACCUGGCGAUUCUAUCACUUGAUUGUGCCUCAGUCCCCUUUGCACCCUGUACCCCCCCUUUUCCAAAAGGCUCCUAUGAAAAUGUGUAUUAUAUUGUAUUAUGCUAAUAUCACCUGUGUAUGUUUUCCCCCAUGUUUUAGACGUUUACAGUUAUUUUGCCAUAUUUCUGUAUAAAAUUCCAGCUCGCUCACGAGGAUAUAUGAUUUUUUUUGUUAUUGUAAAGAAUAAAUUUACACACAUACAGCUGCCUUUAACACUUUCCUCUCUAACUGGAUUCACUCUGGCACCAAAGAGGUUAAAUCACCAUCAACACUCAUACCUUUUUAUAACUAGUGCCUUGUCCAUAAAGCCUUUUUCCUACACAGUGAUAGAUUUGAUCAGCACUUUAGGGUAAAAAUCAUAUCACUAUCACUGACAAAUACAUUAAUCAAUCUCACUCCUUGCACUUUCCAGGUUGCAUCUUACAAAAUAAGCCUGGGGUUUCCAGCCUAGGUAAACACUGCCCCUGACUCCUGCCAUUCAAGAAACCGUGUAAAGUGAUAUCAUUUUAUAUAUAGGACCUACCUAGAAAUCUGAUGCCAUGGUGGACCAAUAUAUGUCUUGCGUUCCUUCUUUUAUUGGCCAGCUGUUACUUUUUUUUUUUUUAAUUUACUAGGGGCAAGGUGAUCAUGAAGCACAGGGUAUAGAGGUCAAGACCAUUGCAUAUUUCAUAUGGAUGAACAAACACUGAAUUGAUUUAGCCAAAUCUGAACCCUAAUUUCCAUAUACAGUAGAACCUCAAUUUUCCAUCCCCUGAUUUUAAGUUUUCCCUCAUUUUACAUUGUUGUUUUGUGCUCCCACCUAUAUAUUAGGCAUAAUACAUUUCCCUGAUUUUACAUAUCCCUGGAUUUUACACAAUUUCUUUCUGGUCCCCUAAAAAAGUAAAAUGGGGGUUCUUCUGUAUUUUAAUUUGAAAAUGGCAUAUCCAAACCCUAAAAAGAGUCUCAAUCUGAAUAGUACAAAAAAAGUACUGGGAUUUGGCUGAAUUCAGAACCCAGCCCUAGUGAGCCCUGUCACCCGGGGUCUGUCGGUGGCAGGUGUGUGCAUAGCCAAUGAGGGUGGUAUUGGAAGGAGAGCAAGGGGUAGUCAGUGGCAGCAGGGACCUGGAGGUCAGGUCUUCCACUAGCCCCAAGGGUCUCCAAUCUGUUGAUGUUUGUAAGGCCUGCCGCCAUAUGCAAUGCCACUUACUGGCAACACUGACCAGUUAAAGAAGGCUGCUGUUGGAUAUUCUUUACUUGAGAUCAUCCUUUGGCACAUAUUUAAAUAUUGCUGUAGCCUCCUAGCUGUAGGAAGCCAUUUUUGUCCACAUGCGCCUUUAUCUAGAUCCCACAAAGCAUGUAUGAAAUGUUCUGCGUGUAAUCCAGUAACUUGUUAAUGUGCCUUUAAGCCACACAUGCCUAGUUUGUUGGACAGGGGUGAUUUGUGCUUGCAGAACAACCUUAGGGUUGUAGCAGGGAAUCACCAGGAGAACCCUAUAUCCAAUGCCAGUGUGGUGGCACUGUAUUUUAACCUCUUACAUGCCAGAGUCAAUUCAUUGCUAAAGGAAGCCAUAAGACACUGCAGUCUCGUUGUUGGACGAGUGUGUGAUCAGCUAAACACAGCACUGAGUAAAUAAAUAUGUGAAAUUGUUACCUGUCCCUGCAAUUAAAAAGGGGCCACAAGGUACUUUUUUUUUCUUUUCGUUUUUAUAUUCUGCACCAACGUUUUGUCCGAAAACCGCCACUUUCGAUUCACUUUCUGUAAAUAAGCGUUAAUUUCCUGUCAUGCCUGUGGGGCAAUUUUACAAGUUUUGUCAAAAUACAAACCAUUUCAGUA